AAAUGGUUUACAUUCAGGAGCAGCUCUGACCUAAGACUGUCGUGUCGAUGACGCAUCGUCUGAUUAUUUGAGUGAUGCAGCUAUAACAUUGUGUUAAAUUAAAACCAUUAUUUAACAAUUUAUGGUUGACAUUAAUUCACAUUUAAUGCCAGAUUUAGUUUAAUCAUAUUAUUUGGAACCCACUGUUCUUCCUGAUCUUGCGUAGGAACACAGUUUAGAAGAAGAAUAGAAAAUAGUGCCGUCCGUUCGACAAAAUGGAGGCGGUGGCACUACACCCAUUCACUGCGACAGCUGACGAUGAACUUAGUUUUAAAAAAGGAAACAUCUUGAAGGUAGAUUGAGGGCAUAUUACAUUUAUAAACCAUUGGAUUAAGCCAUUUCUUUAAAUUUAAAGACCCCAUUGGGCAUAGUUGUUCUCAAAUUAUAAUGUACUAAUAUUAUAUUAAACAAGACAUCAGUAUAUUUUUUUUUUAAAUCAUUAAAUUUUUGUCUUGAGUUUUAGACUAUUUAGUUGGAGCCUUGUAAUUGAUGUUGAGAGAUGAAAGGAGAAGAAUUUGUAUUUUCUACUUACUUGAUAAGAUGGUAGGCUACAGUUUUGCUCUAUUGGAUAGCACAGGGAGUAAUAAUGCUAUGAUAAUAAUAUAAUAGGCUUAAUAGGUCAGGCUGAGGCUAGUACUCUACUCUAACACUAGUACUAGUAUUUUUAUUUGAAAAAUAAAACAGAAUAAGCUAUAAGUAAUAGUAAUAAGGGGUAGUUAGUAGCCUAUCCAGUACUUGCCUGUUGUACUGUAGUAGAAGUUGUGAGAGUAGGGAAAAUUUGAAAAAAUAUAAAAAAUAGAGAAUUUGUCAGAGAACUGAAAACAAAUUACUACACUACUUUUGACUUGUAAGAGGUGUUAAGUGAACAAGGGAAAGAGCAGAAGACUCAAAGAAAACAGAAAAUUGCAGGCCUAUACCACACUAUAAUUUUAUAAAUCUAGUGGUGAAUUAGGCUAGUAAGACAUGGGACCUCGACAAGAAAACAACUGAAAACUGCUCAUAUAUGUCAUGUAAUAAAUUGUGUGAAAUUUUUUUAAUCUAGAAGGGGUAAAGUGCUGCAAAAAGGUUAAGAGCCCCUGUGCUAAGGGAUUAGGCUUAGGAUUAGGCUUAUUAGUUAUUAGGCCUAUGUUCUAAUACAGGUCAAAGAUAAUAGCUCACUAUUGGCAAACUUCUUUCUUUUUAUUUCUCUGUACUUAGAUGUGUUUUUGUAACUCUUUACCGGUAUUCUCUCCAUUGUGGGUUCAAGCCACAGUCUGGGGGGGGGAGAAAAAAUUAUCAACUAAUAUAAGUGCUCCUGCCUUUUUAUAAACACCCUCUCAUAUCAAGGGACAUGGAUGCAUUAAAAAUUAAGGCCCCCCAUCCAUCUAUAACCUCAUACCCAUGCGAAGAAGGGGGCGAGAAGGCCAAUCACCCCUCACGCAAACAUCAGGGGGGCCAAUUAAACAAAUGUGAGUUCCGGCUCCUUUUUUAACUUACCAAAAAAAGGACUGAUUAAAGCUAAUCCAAAAUUACUUUAAGCUUUAGAACAAACAUAUUGAUGGAUUAACUUUCGGUCCAUUUGAACUUAGUAAUAAUGAACUAUUCAAAAAAUAUUGGGUGAAAAAUGGUUGUUACUGUUACACAUGCUAUUUGUCAUGCCCUUUAUUUUCUGACAACAAAAUACUGUGUCGGCAAGCAUAGUCCAAUUCUUAGUCCAAUAUUCCACUCUUACGCUAUAAUAAUACAAAAUAAAUUUUAAAUUAUAUAUAUACUGGUACCAGUAUAGUAAUAAAUUAUCUUCAUUCAUUAAUGGUCAUGUUUGUUGAAGCCUUUUUCCAAAUCAUUUUUAACACUUUUGUCACCAAACUGUUAACCAACCAUCUCCUCUUCAAUUUCAUCUCUUCAUUAACUUCAUAUAUGGAGAAACUAUAAAUUAUAGUUAUAAACUGCAGAAACAUAUUCAUUUUGUUAUAAUUUGAUGGUGUUGAUGAUUGAAUACUUAAAUAGUGCUUGUAUCCGUGCUAUUUUAGCAUGCUCACAGUGCUCUGAAGUCCUAAUAUCUAUUUAUUUUAAAUGUCUUUAAAUAUUUCUUAAAUGAUUUUUUUAUCAUUUUCAAUUUCCCUCAAAGAUUGAGGCAAACUGUUCCAUAAUUUUGGUGCUAUAGCGCACUCCGUAUGACUUUUUUCUGUGUCCAUCCACACUGGGAACUCUCAGUAAGGACUGUGUUGAAGAGCAUGAGUUUUUUUAAGGAUACAUGUUUAGAAAUCAGUUCUUUAAGAUAUUCAGGUCCAGAACCUUCUAUACAGCUGUACGCCAGGGACAGAAUUUUUUGGUCAAUGCCCUCAUUGGUUUUACUUUAACAUUCAUGGUUUUUAAGCAAUGAAUGACACAAAAAAAUAAAUAAAUAAAUAUUUUAAUAAUAUUAAAAUUUCAAAAUUUUAGUUCUUUUCAUUUACUCUAGAGAUUUUUAAAAAUCUUUUUAGAUUCUCAGCACAUUUGAUGAUAAAAAUUGGUAUAAAGCCGAACUGAAUGGCAAAGAAGGAUAUGUUCCACAUAAUUAUAUUGAAAUGUGCCCACAUUCGUAAGUAAUCUAUUUUUUAAAGUAUUGUAAUCAAAUUCUUUUGAAUACUACUUAACUAUUUUUUUUAAAACAAAAAAAGUAUUUUCUUUUAUUAUUUCUAGUGCUUUUCUCUCACAUUUAUAGGUUUAACUGUAAAGGAUUGAAGUUGCUUUACAGCUGUAAAAAGUAGUAACUGAUUUUUAAAACAUUAAUUAUUUUAGCUGGUAUGUAGGAAAGGUAUCUAGGACAAAAGCUGAAGAGAUGCUUUUAAGAACUGAGCAACCUGAUGGUGCCUUCCUUGUAAGAAAUAGUGAAAGUGCCCCUGGAGAGUUCUCAAUAACUGUCAAGUAAGUUUUUUAGUAUGAUUAUUGAAUUACUUAUAAUUUUAUCUUUAAAAGCUGUAACCGUUUAACUUACAAGUGUCUAUUUAAAUGACCUAUUUAUAUCUUUCUUACAGGUUUCAGAAUGGAGUUCAACAUUUCAAAGUAUUACGAGAUGGUGGUGGAAAAUAUUUCCUUUGGGUUGUAAAAUUCAAUUCAAUUAAUGAGCUAGUAAACUACCACAGAAAAGCUACAGUUAGUAGAUCCCAUGACAUUUAUUUUAAGGAUAUGGUCAACCAUGAUCUAGAGGUAAGUUGUUGAGGGCUUUUUAUACCAGUUUCAUGUGUUGUAUUUUAUUAUCCUUUUAUAUCUGGGUGUAAUAUGGCCUAAAUGUAGAUUUAUUUAACAAGAUGAGAAUUUUGACACAUUUAAAUUUAUAUUAUAGGUCCAACGUGUGAGAGCUAUCUUUGACUUUGAUGCACAAGGGUGUGAUGAACUUGGAUUUAGGAAAGGGGAUAUCAUUAAAGUAACACAGAAAGUGGAUGAAAGCUGGUGGCGAGGGGAGCUGAAUGGUCAGGAAGGUAUGUUUCCUGUCACAUACGUUGAAAGACUGCCUGAAGAUCAACAACCUAUUCUUUGAGGACAAGCUACAUCAGGGAAAGGCUGCAAGGAUAUAUGAACUGUUGUUUAGGACCAAAAUGUCUUGAACAUACAGUUUGAAAUAAGGACUUAUAUAUCCUCAUUGAAUCAAGAUACUUAAAAUAAGCUGAUUAUGGGUGCUCAAAAUGAUUGAACAGCUGAAUUAUAAAGUGGAAAUAAAAAUGUUUUGCUUCCUGCUACCCAAUUUGCCUAGGACUUUCAUUCAGUGUAACUUCUGUUUUUUAAUUUGAGGAAUAGAGACUUUUCUAGUGAAAUUCGAGAGAGGGG